AUGCCUCCGAUAAUCCUGGCCACGGAUUGCAGCGAGGAGAUGCGGUGCGCCCUCUGCUUAGACUCUUGGAAGAAUCCGAUUGAGUUGGUGCCGUGUGGGCACAUCUUCUGUAAAGAGUGCGUAGAUGAUUUGGACAGCUGCCCGAUGUGCCGUCAGCGUCCGACGAAUACCAAAAAGCCGAACCGCACCCUCGUGAACAUGGCACUGGCAAUACCAGUAAAGUGUGCCUCGUGUGGCUGGACCGGCACACGCGAGCAGGGUGACUCGCACACGUGCCGUGGGGCCGCGGGAGUGUCUUCGGCGACCUUGGGCGCUGCGCACGGCCCAAAGCAUCCAGUGAUGGUGCCGACGGGUGAGACGCCGUGGCGUGCCUUUGGUCUGUCGCAGAACGAGUAUGACGAGAUUAUGGCGCUGUUUACCUUUUUUGACGACAACGAAAGCGGUGGGUUAGACCGCAGAGAGGUUGGACGGCUCGCGCGGUGGCUUAACUUUGCUCGGACUGAUAAGGAUAUUGAUCGCAUGUUCCGUGACAUGGAUGCGGAUGGCAGCGGGACGAUGUCUCUCAAUGAGUUUCUGACGUGGCUGCGCCACAACCGCCCAGACCCCAAGGCUCUUUAUGGGCUUUCUCAGUCCGAAUACAACACUAUCAUGAUGCAGUUUCGCAUGUACGACACGGAUCAGAAUGGCCUGCUAAGCAUGGAUGAAUUCGCACGGCUUGUUGUGAGCACAGGUGACGUAAGGGAUUUCGCGGAAGGGCAACGGCUUUUUUAUAGCAUUGACAUGGAUCGCAGCGGGGCCGUUGACCUCCAUGAAUUCUUGGCAUACCGUCUGCGCAUGAGGGGCGGGGGUCAGUAG